AUGGCUGAAACGGAAAUAAUAUCCAGUAGUGACAAUAAUGAGCAAUUCUUUGAAGGUGUUGAAAAGUUAAUUGAAAUUUGGUUUACGCCGGCCAAAAAUGCAGAUUUAAGAAAAAUCACACGAAAACAAUGGGAAAAUGUUCUCAAGAUUGUCCGCUGUGAAAUAAUUUCUUUUACACAGAGCGAGCAAGUUGAUGCCUACGUGCUCAGUGAGAGCAGCAUGUUCGUGUCGCGCCGUCGAUGGAUUUUGAAGACCUGCGGCACCACCACGCCGCUGCGAUGCGUGCGCGCCGUGUUGCAGUUGGCGCGUGAGGUGGCAGGUCACGAACGUGUGCACAAUGUAUUCUACUCACGUCGCGAGUUCGCCCGACCUCACGCACAACUCAAGCCGCAUGAUAAUUUUGACUCUGAGGUGGAAUUAUUGGACUCAUUCUUUGGUGACGGGCGUGCAUACAUUAUGGGUCCCGAGAAGGACUGUUGGUACCUCUACACACUGCUGCCGUUGGAAGGCACAGUGGAUGCGCUUGAGAAGGAGCAGCGCGAGGUGUCAGAGCGGUGGGGCGGGGAGCCGGACCAGACUAUAGAGAUCCUCAUGUCCGGCCUCGACCCCGACGUCAUGGACAUUUUCACCCGCGCCGCCUCCGCCUCCGCCGCUGACGCCACCAAGGCGUCAGGCAUAGACAAAAUCAUUCCAGGGAUGGUCAUAGACGAUUAUCUGUUUGAUCCUUGCGGCUACUCUAUGAACGGAGUUGCUAAAGAUGGUUGCUACAUGACUAUCCACAUAACGCCGGAGCCGUCAUGCUCGUACGUCUCGUUCGAGAGUAACGUGCCGGUGUCUAGCUACGACGAGGUGAUAUCGCGCGUGCUGCAAGCGUUCAGGCCGGACAAGUUCGUGCUCACCGUGUUUGCCACGCCGGACUCGCCGGCGGCGGAGGUGCCGCGGCAGCUGAAGAAGUUCUCCUCUCUGGGCGCGUUCGAGCAGAAGGAGUCGCAGUACUGCCAGUUCAGCGGGUACUCGCUGCACUACGCGCUCUACUGCAAGUUCCCGAGCUGA